AUGGAAAUCCUUGACUGUCCGCUACUGUCGGUGAAUGUGCGCGUUUGGCGCUUUUGGUCGUUUGUGCUGGUGCACAACUGGAGACGCUACAUCAGCAUCAUUCCGGUGACGGUGCUCAAUGUGUUCAUGUUUGCCGAUCUGUACCGUGCGUGGGGCAACAUCGAGGAGGUCAUUAUUAAUGCUUAUUUUGCGGUACUCUAUUUCAAUGCUGUGCUGCGAACUCUUAUACUUGUUUACAACCGAGACAAGUAUGAACGCUUUCUGGCCGGAGCAGCUGGCGUGUAUGAAGAAAUAUGCGCUCUCAACGACGAAGCAAUCACCAAACUGGUCGCUACAUACACCAAACGGGCUCGCUUCCUAUCGAUCUCUAACCUAGCGCUCGGUGCCUUCAUCAGUGGCUGUUUCGUAGUUUAUCCAUUGUUUACCGGCCAGCGGGGACUGCCGUACGGGAUGUUUAUACCGGGUGUGAACAACUUUGACUCUCCGCAGUACGAAAUAAUUUACCUCACCCAGCUGGUGCUAACAUUCCCGGGGUGCUGUAUGUACAUUCCUUACACAAGCUUUUUCGCCUCGAGCACACUGUUUGGGUUGGUGCAGAUAAAAACGCUACAGCAUCAGCUGAGAAAUUUUCGAUCGGAAAAUUUACGUGAAACAACAAACACGCUAAAUCGAAAGUUGCAGAAGCUGAUCGAGGAUCAUAAGCGAAUCAUUAGGUACGUGCAAGAGUUGAACGAUCUGGUGACUUACAUCUGUCUGAUAGAGUUCCUAUCCUUUGGCUUGAUGCUGUGUGCUCUACUUUUCUUGUUAAACAUUAUAAGUGUUAUGGCACAAAUCGUUAUCGUUGGUGCGUAUAUCUACAUGAUUCUUACGCAAAUAUUCGCCUUCUACUGGCACUCGAACGAGGUACGCGAAGAAAGUAUGGCCAUUGCGGAGGCAGCCUACAGCGGACCAUGGUUAGAUGUGGAUAAUUCCAUUAAAAAGAAGCUACUUUUAAUAACGAUUCGGGCACAGCGACCACUGGAGAUUACCGUUGGCAACGUUUAUCCGAUGACGCUGGAAAUGUUUCAAUCGCUGCUGAAUGCUUCUUAUUCGUACUUUACGCUUCUCAGAAGAGUAUACAAUUAA